GGAAAGCGGGGGUGGUGCCUGUAGCUCCUUGGCCCAAUAGCUUUGGAGCGCGCGGGGCCCCGGGAGUGAAACAGGGGCUGCGGAGGAUCCGGAGCGCGGGAGUUGGUGCGGCGAAGGCAUGGUGGGCCACCUGAGCGAGGGGGCCAUUGCGGCCAUAAUGCAACAGGGAGACACUUCCAUAAAACCUGUCCUCCAGGUCAUUAACAUCCGUCCCAUCACUACAGGGAAUAGUCCACCCCGUUAUCGACUGCUUAUGAGUGAUGGAUUGAACACUCUCUCCUCUUUCAUGUUGGCAACACAGUUGAACCAUCUCGUUGAGGAAGAACAAUUGUCUAGCAACUGUAUUUGCCAGAUUAACCGAUUUAUUGUUAACACUCUGAAAGAUGGAAGGAGAGUAAUUAUUUUGAUGGAGUUAGACGUUUUGAAAUCAGCUGAAGCAGUUGGAUUAAAGAUUGGCAAUCCCGUGCCCUAUAAUGAAGGACAUGGGCAGCAGCAGGUAGUUCCUUCUCCGGCCUCAGCAGCCAACCCACCAGCCAGCAAGCCCCAGCAACAGAAUGGGAGCUCAGGGAUGGGUUCCACUGCAUCUAAGACUUAUGGUGCCUCAAAGACAUUUGGAAAAGCUGGAGCUACCAACCUAGCGAACACAGGUUCUGGAGGAACACAGGUCAAAGUGGUACCCAUCGCCAGCCUCACCCCUUACCAAUCCAAGUGGACUAUCUGUGCUCGAGUUACCAACAAAAGUCAGAUCCGUACCUGGAGUAAUUCCCGGGGGGAAGGGAAGCUCUUCUCCCUAGAACUAGUUGAUGAAAGUGGUGAAAUCAGAGCUACUGCUUUCAACGAGCAAGUGGACAAGUUUUUUCCCCUUAUUGACAUGAACAAGGUCUAUUACAUCUCUAAAGGCACCCUGAAGAUUGCUAACAAACAGUUCACAGCUGUUAAAAAUGACUAUGAGAUGACCUUCAAUAAUGAGACUUCCGUCGUGCCCUGUGAAGAUGGUCAUCAUUUACCAACAGUUCAGUUUGAUUUCACAGCGAUUGGUGACCUGGAGAAUAAGUCUAAAGAUUCUCUGAUAGACAUAAUUGGGAUCUGCAAGAGCUAUGAAGAUGCCACCAAAAUCACAGUGAAAUCUAACAACAGAGAAGUUUCGAAGAGAGACAUCUAUUUGAUGGACAUGUCAGGGAAAGUGGUGACCGCUACUCUGUGGGGAGAAGAUGCUGAUAGAUUUGAUGGUUCUAGACAACCUGUGAUGGCUAUCAAAGGAGCCAGAGUUUCUGAUUUUGGUGGACGGAGCCUCUCUGUACUGUCUUCAAGCACGGUCAUUAUGAAUCCUGACAUCCCGGAGGCCUAUAAGCUUCGUGGAUGGUUUGACUCUGAAGGACAAGCCUUAGAUGGUAUUUCCAUCUCUGAUCUAAAGAGUGGAGGAACAGGAGGUAGCAACACCAACUGGAAAACUCUAUAUGAGGUUAAAUCAGAGAACCUAGGCCAUGGUGACAAGGCCGACUAUUUUAGCUGUGUGGCGACAGUUGUGUUUCUUCGCAAAGAGAACUGUAUGUAUCAAGCCUGCCCAGCUCAGGACUGCUUUAAGAAAGUGAUUGAUCAACAGAAUGGAUUGUACCGCUGUGAGAAGUGUGAUAGUGAAUUUCCCAGCUUCAAGUACCGCAUGAUCCUGUCAGCAAAUAUUGCUGAUUUUCAAGAGAAUCAGUGGGUCACCUGUUUCCAGGAGUCUGCGGAGGCCAUCAUUGGACAAACCACUGCUUAUAUUGGGGAGUUAAAAGAGAAGAAUGAGCAAGCAUUUGAGGAAGUUUUCCAGAAUGCCAACUUCCGAACUUUCAUAUUCAAGAUCAGGGUGAAACUAGAGACCUACAAUGAUGAGUCUCGAAUUAAGGCCACUGUGAUGGACGUGAAGCCCGUGGACUACAGAGAAUAUGGCAAAAGGCUGAUCAUGAACAUCAAGAGAAACGCACUGAUGAUGUGAGCAGAGCAGUGCUGAUUGGGCAGAAGUUUGAAAAAGCAGAGUUGAAAUGAAACAGACUCCUGCCCGCAGCACCCCCCCCCAACCCCCCUUGUGACAAUUCCACAUUAGGUCCCCAGUGCAUAGAGCCUCUCUGCGGCGGACUAGGCGCUUCCUCUCUCAGGCGCAUCUUGGAACCCAUUGGUAGGCAAAGGACAGUGUGCUCAGGUGGCUGAGGUGUAAACUGUGUCUGACCUAGCGGGUCAGCUGGCGGGAGGUGUAGUGCCAGUCCCUCUGUCUUCAGGCUUUUGUCAGUGAUAUUAAGAUUUCAUUAUCUUCAAGCAGGAAUUAUGUCAGAAGUAAUUGACCCUAAAUCUGCAGACAGUGAAAUAAAUUAUGUAGCUCGGGUUUCCGCCUCUCCAGUGGUGACACCUUCACAACUUGGGUUCCUUCUCCAGAGGGAGAGCCGAAAAGGGGCUGUGCGGAACCUGUAUUUUAGUGUGUCUUUCUAGAAUUCAAAGGCUUUCCUUUCUAGAGAUGCCACAGAGUUGUUAAUGCUUGGAAUGGCAAUAGGGUAGAAUUAUUAAUCAAAGAGAUGUCUUUUAUAUCUGAAGAAUAUCCUUCCUUCAGGGUUUAAUAGACUGAGUCAGAUGGGUCUGAUAUUAAUCAAAAUUGUCUCUUCUGAGGAAGGCUGAUAAGCAUUGACUUGCUGUCCCCCAGGGACAUCCAGGCAACUACAAAGCAUUGCUUUAGUUUUUACUUCAAUUAAUGUUGCAUUUUGGUUGGCGAACGUAUACUUUUUCUACCUGUACAUAUUUUUUGCAUUUGUAGGUUUCAUUUCUUGAUUAAAGCUAUGUUAAAUAGAAGGGAUUUUGAAGGAAGAAGCUCUUUGUUUCCCCUGCUUUGUUUUAAUAAACAGAAGCUUCUCUGUGUGUGAAUCCUACUUUCUUUGAAUGCAAAGGGUUCUUGUAACUGGAAAGCAAUUAAUUAGCCUUCAUAAUAAAUGUUCACUUGGGGGAGAUGUUAACUCAUUACAGACUCACAGAUUAGUCCAAAGCGUAGAGAUCAUUCUUCCUAAUGUUUGCAACCCUAAGAUGCAUCUUUAAAAGAGUGAAAAAACUAGAAACAAAAAGCCAUUGUACCCAGGAAUGCCGAUGAUCUGGCACUUUGGGAUUUUAUUGAUGUUUACACAGCAGUCUAACACCAACCAGGCUUUGAAAUGUGUACAGACAGUGAGCCAGUAAGAAAACAGUAAUUAUGCGACUGAGCUUUUCAGUCAGCGAGAGCAUGCUUGCUCUGUGUGUUCCUAAUCAUAUUAAUUAUCUAUCCGGUUGCCGCGACCCACCACUUGGCAUUUGCUGCACAUCCCUCCCCGAGCACCCAGGCAGUGUUGCAGGCAGCCUGCAGUGGGAAGACCUGGUUUUGAUUCGUGCCGCUGAGGCGUAUGGCGGCCCUCUGUGGAGGUGGAGAACGAGGCUGUCCUGUCGGUCUCAUCUUUACCUGUCCUCUUUUGGGAGGAAGUGGCCAGCUCUAGGCGAGAUGACUCCUGUUCCUCAGCACAGACAGAGAGGGCCUUUCUCAGGCCCACUGACUGUUUGGACACAUUCUGGUCUCAGAGGACGGUCGUCGGGCUGUACUUCCCUUUUUGACUGGGGCCUCAACCAUUUUUAUGGAAGCUCUUUUCUGUCUGACCUUGCUUAUAAAGCACGGACUAGAAAAUUACAGUCUUCAGCACGAUUCUGGAUUGACAAAUUGUGGGCUGGAGGUGGUCAUCUAGCGUGCAGCCCAGUAACCAGUCUCCCAUCUACCAGUGCCGGGCGCCCUGCCCUCUGCUCACGGGCCCUGCCCGUGAAGAGCGCUGACCUACCACCUUGCCCUGACUCAACACCAUUGUA